AUCGUUCGGAACAAACCCUUUCUGUUCCAGGACAUCUUCGCGACGGCGACAUGAACCCCGAUCCAAUCCAACUGAAAAAAUUAAGCAUCUUCGACCAAGUUCCGUGCGAUAAUUCUACACUACCGCCGCGCAUGGUUCUCCAAGCCGCAAAGAUUCCAACUUGAUAGCGCCCAGUAGAGAAGAAGAGAGUAAUUAUUGAUUUCUUGGAGCCAGACGUCGCAAUGGCGUCUCCUCCGCUUCAGCUCUCGGCCGCGCCCUUGCUGCUGCUACUACUGGUAGUAGUAAUCCGGGCCGCGAGGUCCAGCCGCGUCUUCUCCGUGGUUGACUACGGCGCGGCGGGCGACGGGUCCCGCUACGACACGGCGGCGAUCCAGGCCGCCGUGGACGCCUGCGCGGCGGCGGGCGGGGGGCGCGUUCUCCUCCCGGCGCCGGGCAACUACCUGACGGCGACGGUCCACCUCCGGUCACGGGUGGUGCUGGAGGUGGCCCCCGGCGCGCGUCUGCUGGGCGGGACCAGGCAGGCGGACUACCCACCCGAAUCUCGCCGGUGGUAUGUCGUCCUGGCCGAGAACACCACGGGCGCCGGCGUCACCGGCGGCGGCGAGAUCAACGGCCAGGGUGGGGCGUUUGUGGUCACGCCCAGCGAGGUGAAGAACGUCAUGGUGAGCUGGAACACCACCGGCGACUGCCAGCUGGGCGACGAGUGCCGGCCGCGGCUGGUCGGCUUCAUCGACUCCAAGAAUGUCAGGAUCCAUGACAUCACACUCAACCAGCCUGCCUACUGGUGCCUUCACCUUGUCAGAUGUGACAACACAGUGAUCCACAAUGUGUCCAUAUUUGGGGAUUUUAACACUCCCAACAAUGAUGGCAUUGACAUUGAGGGUUCGAACAACACUGUCAUAACCAAUUGCCACAUUGACACCGGAGAUGAUGCAAUAUGCUCGAAGUCAUCCGCUGGCCCUGUUUACAACUUGACGGCAGCAAACUGUUGGAUCCGGACUAAAUCUUGUGCUAUCAAAUUUGGAAGUCAGAGCUCCUUCAGCUUCAAGAGGUUGCUCUUCGACAACAUUAUGAUAGUUGAUUCACAUCGAGGACUUGGCAUGCAGAUCCGGGACGGAGGGAAUGUGAGCGAUGUGGUGUUUUCAAACAUCAAAAUGAGCACCAGAUACUACCAUCCUCUAUGGUGGGGAAGAGCUGAACCGAUCUACAUCACAACCUGCCCAAGGCACCCAGACUCCAAAGAGGGCACCAUUUCAGACAUAAGAUUCAUCAACAUCUCAUCGGUAUCAGAAAAUGGAGUUUUCCUGGCUGGAUCAAAGCACGGGCUACUCCGCAACCUGAAAUUCAAGAAUGUCGAUCUGACAUACAAGCGAUGGACAAACUACACAGGAGGGCUGUAUGAUUACAGGCCUGGGUGCCAGGAGAUGGUGAAGCACAGGACCGGUGGCAUGAUGCUGGAGCACAUCUCCGGCCUGGAGAUUGACAACGUGAGGAUGAGAUGGGCGAGAGGAAACCUGAAAGGCUGGGAUGUCAAUCCUCUCCUUUUCCGGCCAUCAACCAUCGACAAGCUGUCGUUCCAUGACUGGCAGUCAGUGGAUGUUCUGUGAAUUUGACCGACAUAAGGGUAAUUGUACGACGUGUUUGUGUGUAUGUAUCACGAUGAAUAAGGGGUGAUUCUUUUGUUAAACGUGUUAAUAAGAGAUCCCAGCAGCUUUUAUGCUUCUGCAAAGAGAAUUCAUGAUGUAGUUGUGUUGUGAUUGUUUAAUACAUACGUUUAAGGAGGUGAUUGUUGAAUCA